AUGACUUCAGCAUCGAUUUCGAUUAUGUGGAUGACACCUAUCAACAUACAAGCUGAUGGACUGCCCAUGGUGCCUGAAACAGCACCAGAUGAUAUGGAUUCCAAAUAUCCAUUAGCCAAUCUCUGGAACAAGAUCAUCAGCAGUCGAACACUCCAGCUUGAUAAUGAAUUUCCGGACCUGUUUGCUGAACUGCAGGUGUCUGUUGCCUCAGGACAAAUUGCCAUCUCAACACCCAUCAUUCCCACUAACAAGGAGUGUGUCAUAUCCCGUAUUCCGGACCUACAUCUGACAAUAUUCCCACGCCUCAUCUGGACCUUCGGACACCCUAUCCAUGUCUCCAGUCCUCUACCCAUCCGGAUCCCUGCACCUCUGUACAUCCAUAUCUGCACAUCCACAUCCAGAUCCCUUUACCUCCGUACAUCAGACCUCCAUACCUCUGCAGCUAGCCUGCAUCAUUCAUCCUUUGUCCUAUCGCCCUAA